AUGGCGGAAAAUAAUGCAUUCUUUCCGCAAUCUAUUCCCAAAUUUGAAGGCUUCUAUGAUCAUUGGGCAGAACUUAUGGAGAAUCUCUUGCGAUCAAAAGAAUAUUGGGGCUUGAUCGAGAAUGGUGUUGUUGUUGCUCUUGGAAAUCCAACACAAGAACAAACACGUGUUGCAGAAAGCACUUCAAGAAGUGUCUGGGAAUCUAUGAGGCAAAAGUAUCAAGGUUCUACAAGAGUUAAAUGUGCUCAAUUACAAUCUUUGAGGCGUGCAUUUGAACUAUUGUCAAUGCAAGAAGGUGAAUCUGUUGAUGAUUUUUUCAAAAGAACUCUUGCAAUAGCAAAUAAAAUGACUGCACAGGGUGAAAGCUUGACUCAGGCUACGAUGGUAGAGAAGAUGACAAUAUCUAUGACUCAAAGAUUUGAUUAUGUCAUCUGUUAUAUAGAGGAGUCAAAGGACAUUACUGCUAUGACCAUAGAUGAGCUACAUAGUAGCUUACUUGUGCAUGAAGGAAGAAUGAAAAUGCACAAGAUUAAGGAAGAGGAGCAGGCUCUCAAGAUGUCAAAUCUUGGUAGGGGUAACAACAAUGGAGGCAAUUCCAGAGGGAGAGGUCGUGCUUCCAGAUGGCGUGGAAGAGGUAGAUCAAACUCCAACUCAAAGGAAUUUGUUGAAUAUUACAAGUGUCACAAACUUGGACACUAUCAAAGUGAUUGUCCUAAUUGGGAGGAAAAUGCUAAUUUUGUUGAGUUUGAUGAGCAUAGGGAAAUGUUAAUGAUGGCACGAGAACUUUCAACCAAUCAAACACGUGAUCAAGUUUGGUUCUUAGAUUCAGGUUGCAGUAAUCAUAUGAUAUGCAACAAAGAAUGGCUAUUUGACUUUGAUCAAAGCUUCAGAGAGACUGUGAAACUUGGUGAUAAUUUAGUCAUGUCUGUCAUGGGAAAGGGCAAUCUAAAGCUACAUUUGGAAGGUAAAUUAAGCGUGAUUACUGAUGUGUAUUAUCUUCCAAAUUUUAAGAAUAACUUGCUCAGCAUAGGACAAUUACAACAAAAAAAUCUUACUAUAGUAUUUAGCAAAGAUACAUGUAAGAUUUUUCAUGAAGAAAAAAGGUUAAUCAUCUCUACUCCUAUGAAAGUUAACAGAACGUAUGUGUUACUUGCCCCCUGUCAUAAUGCCUCAGUGUCUUGCUAUGAGUCAUGA